AUGGGUGUCCAGAAGAAAGAAAAAACUAGAAGAGCGAAAGAAUCUAAGAAUGAUGGUGCUGGAAAUAAGUUUGGUAACAUCAAAGUGAAGGGUGAAAAUUUUUACCAUGAUGCCAAAAAGGCUAAAAGAAUGAAGAUGUAUAAACAAGAUGCCUCUGUUUUACAAUCUAAAGAGAUUCCUACUGCCAGAAUAGAUCCAAACAGAAGAUGGUUCAACAAUUCUAGGGUUAUUUCCCAAGACGCUUUAGAAUAUUUCAGAAAUGCCGUCCAGACAACACAAUCUAAUACUUACAAUGUGAUCCUUAAGAGAAACAAGCUUCCGAUGUCUCUUCUUGAAGAAAAAUCUAAUGAUGUUGUCAACAAUGGCCAGCUAUCUUCGAAGGCUGUGGUUGAAUUGGAAUCUUUUGAAAAUACCUUCGGUCCAAAAUCGCAGCGUAAAAAGCAGGCGAAAGUUCACACUUCAUUCAAUGAGUUGAUCGCUAGCUCGAAUGACGAUAUUGAUAAAUUUCAAGACCAACAAGCAUUGUCAACAACUUUGGGUCUUAUGAACACCACUGAUACUGAUGGUUGGACGCAAGCGGCCAAGGAUGCCAUUUUCAGUAAAGGUCAAUCCAAAAGAAUUUGGAACGAAUUGUAUAAGGUCAUUGAUUCCAGUGAUGUUGUCAUCCAAGUUUUGGAUGCAAGAGAUCCAAUGGGUACAAGGUGUGAAAAGAUUGAACAGUUUAUGAAAACAGAUACCCCACAUAAACAUAUGAUCUUCGUUUUGAACAAGUGUGACUUGGUUCCAACUUGGGUUGCGGCUGCUUGGGUAAAAUAUCUUUCUAAGAGCUAUCCAACUUUGGCUUUCCAUGCUUCUAUCAAGAACUCAUUUGGUAAAGGUUCUCUUAUUCAACUUCUCAGACAAUUCAAAAAACUCAAGGCUGAUAAACCACAAAUUUCUGUUGGUUUCAUUGGUUACCCAAAUGUUGGUAAAUCUUCAGUUAUUAACUGUCUUAAAUCUAAGAAAGUUGCUAACGUCGCACCAAUUCCUGGGGAGACUAAAGUUUGGCAAUAUGUUGCCUUAUUGAAAUCCAUUUUCCUUAUUGACUGUCCGGGUGUUGUUCCUCCUUCUAAGAGUGAUUCUGAUGCUGACAUUCUUUUUAGAGGUGCUGUUCGUGUGGAAAAUGUUUCCAAUCCUGAACAAUAUAUCGACAUUAUCUUGGAAAAGGUUAAGCGCAACUAUUUGGAAAGAACCUACGAAAUUUCUGGUUGGAACGAUUACGUUGAGUUUUUGGAAAUGAUUGCCAAGAAGAAGGGGAAAUUGCUUAAAGGUGGUGAAGCCAAUUUACCUGGUGUAGCAAAACAAGUGAUUAAUGAUUUCAACAGAGGGAAAAUUCCUUGGUUCGUCCCACCUCCGCAAGAUGAGAAGAAGGAAGGUGAGAAAUCAGGAAAGGAGCAAGGUGAUGAACCUGAACAGAAGGAAGAAGAAAAAAAUGAGGAAGAAUGGAAAGGUAUUCAAGAUUAG